GCUCGCGGACCCGUAGCUGGGGCGGACCCUUCCGGCGGCGGCGGCGAGGAUGGCGGCGGAGAACCACUGCGAUUUUCCGGGCACCCCGGCCGGUGGCCUGGGAGGCCCGGGCGGGCCCUGCCGCCGGUGCAGCUCGGCGCCGCCCCCCGGCGCCGUGCCUGGCAAGUGGGUCCGGCUGAACGUGGGAGGCACCUGCUUCCUGACCACUCGGCAGACACUCUGCAGGGACCCCAAGUCCUUCCUCUUCCGUCUCUGCCAGGCCGACCCCGACCUGGACUCGGACAAGGAUGAAACAGGUGCCUAUUUAAUAGACAGAGACCCGACCUACUUUGGGCCAGUGCUGAACUAUCUCAGACAUGGGAAACUGGUUAUUAACAAGGACCUAGCUGAGGAAGGUGUACUGGAAGAGGCUGAAUUCUACAAUAUCACAUCACUAAUAAAACUGGUAAAGGACAAAAUAAGAGAGAGAGACAGCAAAAUCUCACAGGUGCCAGUCAAACACGUGUACAGGGUGCUGCAGUGCCAGGAAGAGGAACUGACUCAAAUGGUCUCCACAAUGUCUGAUGGCUGGAAAUUUGAACAGCUUGUCAGUAUAGGUUCCCAGUAUGGCUGUGGCCGGGCCCAGCAGUCAGAGUAUCUGCUGAUAGUGUCACGGGAAGUGAAAGGGGAAGAGAGAUGCUUCCAGAAAUGCUGCAGUGAGCUGGUCAGUAUUGGUUCUUCCUAUAACUAUGGCAAUGAAGAUCAGGCCGAAUUUCUGUGUGUUGUCUCGAAGGAAUUGCAUAACACUCCCUAUGGCACAACCAGUGAACCCAGUGAAAAAGCAAAGAUUUUGCAAGAACGAGGUUCCAGGAUGUGAAGACAGUAUUGAACGGUGAAGAUUUUUUCUCUUUUAUUCCAAGAUGCAGUGAAUUGUCACAUUGAAGAGGCUUGUCUACAAAAGAAAAAAACUGAUUUAGACAAUUUUCUGUUGAUCUGGGUUUCAACCAUUUUUGCCUAUAAGCUGGUGUCAACUGGCUGAAAGCAUUGCAAGAUUACUUAAUGGGAAUAGAUGGUGUGGGAGUGUGUUUUAAGUUUUGGUUGUAGUGCAUGGUUGUACUGUCUUAUGGGCUGGCUGACACUGGCCAUUUGAAAAGAAAUGACCAUGCACUUAUUUUCCUCUGAGACAUGUAGCACUUAAUGCUUGGUGCUGGAUGACCCAACGUUGAUCAGUUUGCAGAGAUUUUCCUACUAAUCAUUGUAAACAUUUAAAGGACAAUGCAAUUGGUGCUACACACACACGUUACAGCCCACAGAUGCAAAUAUUUGGGCCUACAUUGUUUUGGAAUCAGUGACAGCCCUAGUUGACUGUCUUCUACUGCACAUUCCUUAUGGCUCUGUGACAUUCUAUUUCUUAAGAACAUCCUAGGAGAUCAACUGAAACUAGCAUGUAAAAAGUUACACAACAGACAAAAGGUUUCUUUAAAGGAAGGUUGUAUAUAUUGACUGUGGGUUUAUGGCAUAUGUUAAUACACAAAGGGAAGACUAAACUCUGAGAAAAUGGCCUUCAUCUGAGUAAUUCUCGAUGUUCUUUCUGUCAAAUCAGUCUCCUCCUGUAAAAGUUAUGCUCCAGUCUUAGCCGGAUGUUUGGACGCAGAAUCAAAAUUCACUUGAAAUGAACAACUGAACUUUCUUUCUUUUGUAAUACUUGUAUUCAAAUUGUGUUUGUACUUUUAAAAAUUCCUAUAAGUGUUGACCUUUAUGGAUUACAGUAGAGAUUUUUCAAGAGCUGGACGAUUUACAGAAAUAUGGUUGGUUAGUCCUAAAUCCCUAUCUCUGUGGCUGGGAUUAAAAUCUAUCUAGAGCGUGAACACAAGCUCAUGCAAUCGAAAUACUUAAUUACUUCAUACAUUCAAGAUACCUGUAAUCAAUCUUUCUAUACUGUUUCAACUAUGCAGUUAAAGAACACGGUUUGAAUACAUCUGGUGCAGCUUUAUUAGUUUAUGUCCUUGAUGAAGACUAAUAUACAAAUCUGGAGCUUUUUAAUACACUAUGUUUUGAGCGAAAUCUUUCGCGCAUCUUUAAAACACUUAAUUAUAUUGACGGUAUAAAACUCAGCUUCAUUGACUUACAUAGCUGAAAGCAGUGGGAGUUUCAAAAACCUGUAAGAUUGUUUUGAAUUCUACAGACAUUUGUUUUCAUUCUCAGUAACAUCAGAAUUUAUGCAUAUACUCUAGGUAAUCCUUUACACAAAACCCCGAUUGUCAAACACCCAGGGUCUACCUUUAUUUAUUUUUUUUCCAAAAAACAAUAAUAAUUUAAAAAAAAUGAUUAUACAUAGAUAAAAGUUUGGCAGGAACAAUUUGUAAAAACCAUUUCUACUAAGCUGGUUAAACAGUGGGCUAAAUGUUUUGUCCAUGCAAUUAAUGCUUGAAAGGGUUUGUAAUACAUUUUGCCACUUGGAUGUGGUCUGCACUGGAAGCUGCUGGCCCCUCCACAACACAUAAAAUGUUUGUCUUUUUUUAAAAUGUUAAAACUAAACUGAAUUUACUAAAAAUGUAAUUGUGUAGGGAGCAAUGUUUAUACUUUUAUACUUUUUUAGGCACCCAUAUUUUAUCAGCUUAAAUUUAACACCCAAGUUUCCCCUAAAUAAUAACAGAUUAUCUUAUGUAUCUGAAAAUAAGCAUAGCUAUUGUCUGUGUUAAGUACAUAUUAAAACAUUUCCUCUGCUGCAGUAGUCACUGUGUUUUUAAACAGCAUGACUCCACCAUAUUCCCUGAGCUCUCUAGCACAUGGAAUUGCAGCCAACUAGGUUUCUUGUUUUCUUGAUGUGUUUUACAGAGUAACGUAGCAUUGGCCUAUCUGGAUUCUAAAGCCCAAAAUAUCUGUGUAAUGAUAUUCUGAAUCUGUAUUUCUGUUGUCUCUUAUUUAACUCCUCCCAAAAUGAGUAUUUUGUUUCAUGAACUGAAAUUUACAAGAAUGGCAGCAGCAAAGCGUAAGUAACAAACUGAGCAAAACCAGAACAAAUUUAGAGUAUGUAAAAGGGUGUUUUUUUUCUAAGUAUGUUUAUUUCACUGGAGUUUUUUUCAGUGUAAAAACAUGCUUUUAUGAUGAGAUUACCUGCUAUCUAGUAUCCGUGUUGUAGCAAAUUUGGGGGAAAUGGGUGGUUAAUCAUUCUGCACUUUGUUUCCAAUACCUCACACAGAUUUUAAACAAAACAAAACAAAAAAGAACUUUAAUAGGUACCUUGUAAAUUAUUUUAUAUAUGCUAUUGUUUGAGAACACUUAACUACCUACUUUUCCGUUCUUGCUAUUGUCAUUGUUGCUUUAAUUUUUGUGAACAUCUGAGGCUUUGAGAUAGUUGGAAGUGCAAUUAUAUGCCUUUUUCAUGGCAUUAAGAAUCAAUCCCUCAAAAAGUUUGGUUUCUUUUUAUUUAACUCUUGUAAUUUCAAAUAAAGGUAGCUAUACUAACAAGGUUGUUGUAUUAGAGUCCAAUCUAGAGUUUAUCUGCAAUGAACAAGUCAUUCUCAAGCUGCUAAGAUGUGAAUGUCACCUGGUCCAUAACUGUUCAAAAGCAUAGUCUGACUCAGCUCCCACAGUAAAUGAAAAACAGCUUUUUAAAUGAAAGAUACAAGGUUACCUGGAAUUUUCUCCUACUUAUUGUGGAGUCAUUAAGGACUCCGGGUAAUUGUGGUUUGUUAUCUGUUAGUAACUUAAUUGUGUGUCACAGGCUCGGUUGUAUUUAGAAGCUUAUAUUGAUUGUCUACUGAGUUUUCAGUCCUCAGAAUCGUAUACUCAGAACAUUUGAAAUUUUUUUUUUUUUUUUCAAAUUUAGAUAGGUGUCUUGUAAUGAUACCAGUUCCUUUCAUCUCUCACCUUAGCUUUAGUAAAAGAUAUUCCUGAAAAAAACUGAGCUCAAGAUUCCAUCUAAUUUUUUUGUCUUCAGAUUUUCUUCAGACAGUAGCUGUGUAGCUCCAUUUCUAGCAAUGUUUAUGAACAGUCAUGAUUGAUUAGAAAUGGUAUUAUUUCCUGAAGAUACCAGAAUUGAAUCAAUCUCCUCCUUCUCUGAGAGAGUUUUUUUUCAGGAGAAAAAUGUAAAUUUCUAGCAGAUUAAACAAAAGAAUAUGCAAUUGGAGGCCUGUGCAGGGAACCAGUGUGUUGAGUGGGAUGAAGGUAUUUUCAGAAUUCAGAAUUCUCAGAACAGAACACUGCAUUCUAUGAACAUCUGUUGAGGUUGUUGGAAGUUGUUGAUCUCUUUUUGAGCAGUAUCCCCGACAAAUUAACACACUCGUAUUAAUAACAAAUUACCAUUUUAUUGGUAUUAUAAAAAUGAACUUACAAUGCAAAAAUGCAGAAAUGUGUGAAUGAAUGCAAUUAUAUAGAAAAUCUAUUAUAAUGUGUACUGUCCAAUCAUUCAGGUACGCUGGAGUACAUUCCUUGAAAAGUAAAGAGAAAACAGCAAAAUACUGGGCUUUUCAUGGAGAUCAAAGUAAAGUGAAAAAAAGAGUCUGAAGAUGAAGUGUGGCAUUUUGUUUACUUAAAAUGUGAUAAAAUCUGAAAGUUCUCCUAUUUUAUUCUCUCUUUUUCAAUUUAACUUCUUCAAUCAGCUGUGAAAGGUGGGGCCCUUGAAAAAGACAUGGGAUUUUGCUUUGCCUUUAACAGUACCUGCUAGCUCAGGACAGUGAAGUGUCUUCUAACGCAGACAUUUUGAAAUAUAUAGUCUGAGGAUGCUAUCAUUUGCUUCAUUAUCGUUUAUACUGUAGUUAUUUCUAGCUUUAAGUACGAUCUCAGGAAAUUACCUGGGUUUGCAUGUAGGAUUAUUGAGUCUUAAAAUAGCAAAAAUAUUCCAUUAAAAAAUGUGGACGCCCGUCUGAACUCAGUGUAUUACAACUUCUCUUUCUUUUGGUUCACAACAAGCAGUAGCUGUCUUUAAAGGCUUAUUACUAAACUGAAGCUUUAAAGGGCUAAAUAGAUCUUUUUUUAUUGCUCAGUUUGCCUAAGUGAAGGAACUCUUUUCAGUGCAGAAAUGUUAAGGGCUAAAAUACUUUCCAGGGAUAAUUUGAGGUUCCAGG